AUGAGUAGAAAACAAACAAGUUCCAAAUCACCCUAGAUUGCAAAAUCUAUCCACAAGCAAAAUAAAGACUCAGAUUCUAGUUCCUCAGAGAGGAGGUAUGGCAAAUUUUGGAAACCUAAUGAGGAUUCUUUAUUAUUAGAAUUACAUAAUCGGCAUAACGGAAACUGGAAAUUAAUUGCUGAGGGCAUUCCAGUGCUAAUAAAGAUGGAAGAGAAUUAAUCCAAAUAAAGUAUUUUUGCAUCUAUUUUUUUGAAUAAACUCCGAAAAUAAUGGACAGAUUUGGAAGACCAAGAAGUGAUAAGACUAGUUAAUGAGCAUGGGCGGAACUGGAAAUUUAUUGAAGGACUUAUGGAGGGCCGUUCGAGUAAAUAGAUCAGAGAAAGGUUCUUAAAUAAUUUGGAUCCUGAAAUAAAUAGAGAAAAAUUCACAAUAUAAGAAGAUCAAAUCAUUUUAGAACAAUAUCGAAUAUAUGGUCCUAAGUGGAGCGAAAUUGCAAAAAUGUUAAUUCGAAGACCAGAAAAUUAAGUGAAGAAUCGAUUUUACUCUUAUAUAAAAAGAGUUCAUAUGUUAGAUGAAAGAUCUGACGAUGACGAAGAUGAUCGAUCAAUGGAAUCAGAGCCAGAGCAACCACAAAAAUAAGUUCCGAAGUCUAAUUUGAAUGUGUCUCAGCCCAUAUACCAGCCCUUAGAUACAAUUUAGAGUUUGAAAGAGGAACAUGACAAUACUAAAAACGAUUCAUUGUUAAUAAAUUAGACACCAUCUCAUCGUAUCUAGCAAUCUAUUAAUUUGAUAUAAGAUUCAUUUGAUUCUAAGUAAUUUGGAGGGAUUGAGGAAUAAGAUGUUUCCCCCUUUAAUUAAUAACAUAGAAAGAUAUUGGAAUAUAGCCCUAUUAAUUUUUAGUAUGCCCAUCAUUAACCCAAUUUUGACAUGAUCUAAGAGGACAUUAAGGAGUUAAAAUGCUAAAUAGAAAGUUUCAAUAUAGAACAUCCUAUUUGA